UGUCCGAACAGGCAGCUUCGGACUUAGGUUCAGUCAACGUUUGGGACCCACAAAAGACGUUAGAUUUGCCUCGUCUGUCUGAAAUGCUUCUAUCCGAAGCUGGGGUUCGGUUUACAAGCCUCUCAUAAGAGGACCGAAACUGAGUUUUCCCGCUCACUUACACUCUCUCUUAACCUUGGAGAGUCACACACUGUUCAGUUAACUUAGUCGAGUGGAGAAAAGUGAAACCUUCCUGUAAACUUGUUAAGCAAUUUACUGUCUCUCUCUCUCUCUCUCUCUCUCGCUCUCUGUUUCUUAAUCUUUGUUGUUUCUUAGACAUGUCAAGGAGUUGGAUAGUUAACAGUAGAGCAAUUGCAAAGAAAGUGAGAAAUGCCACUCGAUCAUCUUCUCAACUAAUCAAAGACUGUGGAGCAAAUCGAGAAUGCCCAAAUUGCCAUUAUUGCAUUGAUAACAGUGAUUUUGUCCUUGUACAGGUCUCUCAAGAAUGGCCUGGCUUACCGGUUGGUGUGAAGUUUGAUCCAUCUGAUGUAGAGCUUGUACAACAUUUAGCUGCAAAAUGUGGUGUUGGAGACUCGAAGCCUCACAUGUUUAUUGAUGAGUUUAUUCCAACACUUGAGGGGGACCAAGGAAUUUGUUAUACCCAUCCAGAAAAUCUUCCAGGUGCUAAGAAAGAUGGAAGCAGUGUCCAUUUCUUUCACAGAACAAUGAAUGCUUAUUCUACUGGUCAAAGGAAGCGUCGUAAGAUCCACAAUCAACAUAGUUUAACUGAAGAUCAUGCGCGCUGGCACAAAACUGGUAAAACCAAAGCUGUGAUACAAAAUGGAGUGCAGAAGGGCUGCAAGAAAAUCAUGGUUCUUUAUAAGAGCUCAAAGAAGGGCAGCAAACCAGAUAAGGCCAAUUGGGUCAUGCAGCAGUACCAUCUGGGGACUGACGAAGAUGAAAAGGAUGGUGAAUAUGUGGUUUCUAAAAUUUACUAUCAGCAGCCGAAACAAAACGAAAAGGCUGAAGAUUGUCCAGUUAUUGAAGAUUCGGACAAUUUGGCACUUGAAACUAGUCCAAGGACCCCAAAUACAAAUCCUCCCAUUCCUCCGCGGCCAGAGAAAUCUUUAACAUGUGAUAAUGCUGCUGAUGGUAAUAUACUAACAUCACCUGUAAAGGCACCAGAGCAUAUUGUAGAAGCAUCGUCUGCCCCUUUACCUUCUGCUGUUAAGCCUGAGGACCAUCUAGGGAGCAUAACAUGGUUGGCGGGUGAAUCUCAGGAUGUUGACUAUCCUGAUUUGAAUUCCAUUGAAGAAUCUUUGUUAUGCAAGGAAGAAAACAUUUCUUCUGCUCUCUUAGAGAAUUCAGGAAUUAAUAAUGUCUCAUACACCGAUCUUUGGUACGACACAAAUAACAUGAAAGGGAACAACAGUGCACCCUGUGGAAUUUCUGAUCUCGAGAACCUAGAACUGGAUACUCCGCCAGAUUUUCAGCUCGAUCUACAGACGUUUUCUGGGGAGAGUAUUCUUGAUUGGUUAGACCGUUUCUGAAGAACUAAUAUGCAAGCCCUGACAAUAGAUUUCGAAGUUAUGUUUUCCCGGCCCUGGCUGAAGUUGUUUUCUUCACUAACAUUUUCUUCAGCGGCAAAGAAUCAAUUGCUCUUUUCGAGGGAGUUCUCUAUACAGUUCAUGAAUCCAAGGACUCCACAAAGCUUGCGGCAGAUGAAGCUAUGGAGUAGUUGCUUUAGCUUUCUUGCAUUAUUGAUCAUUCCUAGAGUUUGAUUUGAGCAGAAAUGUUCCUGGUGGCUUUUGUGUAGUAGCAUCAGUUGCAGCAUAUGUAAUGUAUGUUAAUGCACCAGUGAGGUGCUCAGAUUCAGAGAUCAUUUUAUUGUGUUGAUAAACUACGUAAACAUUAUAAAAACUUAAUGCUUUGUUACU